AUGCCGCGUAAAGCUGAGAGGCUUAGGCGGGCAGCUGCCCGAAACGGGGCCUCCCAACCCUCAGCAUCGCACCAAGGCGCAAGUUCACAUAUUCUGCCGGAUCUUACGGGUGUUAGCGCAAGUAGUAGUCAGACGCAGAACACAGUGUUAGCUGAAGCAGGCACGGGCCCUGCCGCACCGAGUAGUUUCGUUAGUAGCUCACUUACAGAACUACCCAGCAGUCGUUGCCACGUCCAUGCAUCGGAGAGAGCAGGCAGUCUGAGUGGGGUUUGUGCCUUCAAAACACCAGGGGAGAUGCUGUUCAUGAUCCACAAGCGAGUAGGCGUUUCUGGGCAGACAGGUGAAAACGGGGAGAUGGAAGUACGUGGAAAGCCCAUGCAUGUGCCGCCGUUUAACGAAGAUGUGCCCAAGACUGCCUUAAAUACUAUGAAGACCUCGUUCGCGAGGUUUUGGAAAAACACCUACGAGACAAAUUGGGCGAGACCCUCAGAACAAGCAUUACGGCCAGAGGCAAUUCAUCUUUGAGGGCAUCCCUGAAAAGUGUGGCCGAGUAUUCUAAUCGUGACACAGUUCAAGGAUGCACAUCAACGAUGAACAUCGGACACUCCUAAUACUAGAAAUCAAACAGGCGGACGUCGCGCAGUGUUUCGCGCUGCAGAAGCCGGAUGUUAUGGAAUCACUCUAAGUAGUUGGCUCAGCUUUUGAAGCUCCAUACUUUCUAACGAAUGAAGUAGUCCAGGAUAUCAAGGAUGAAAAGUAUACAGUCUGUGUGUUCAUAUCAGCAGGGAGAACGGCUCUAAUCCACACUUCGUGUAUAGCAAGGUUUCUUCCGGCCCCUCAAAAAUGGUGCAGUUUUUCGAGAAGUUGUUGCGAAAUGACGAGAAGAAAGUAGAUCGGACUUCUGCCCGUUCAUGCCAACCGUUUGACGGCAGUCGCAAGAAUACAUCCUGUUAAGCUGUCUUGGUAGGGUUCCGUCAUCUGGAAGAGGAUCUUCUUGUAAAAGUUCUCACCAAGGAGGUACUCUUCCAUCAAUAUACUCACCAUCGGCGAAUACAAAGCCGGACCCUAGGGUUACAUGCUCUAAAGUUAAGGCGGGUACUUGGUUUUCAUUUUGCUGAGUAAACGACCAUGCCAGGUGAUAUUAUCCCUUACCCAGAAUGAAGGAAACGCCAGGGCAUUCACUUGCGUCAGCAUAAUGAAUGAUGAAGCUAUCUUUAAGCAAGUUCUUACGUUUUUCGUCGUGGCACUGCAAAUGCCGUGGGCAUGGGCAAUCAGUUAAGAGUUUUCAAUUUCUCGUCUAAAUGAGGGCAUCACCAUUGGAUCUUCAAAGUGCCAAACAAGAGAUUCCAUGACACACAUGACAAGUCUUUAAAUGUUUCACAAAACAAUCGCCUCCGUGCGAGACAAUCACAUACUAAGCCUCCCUAGACAUUCGGAUGCUUCGUUGAUAUUCACUAUGCAAAAACCUCGGUCAACAAGGGAUAACUAUAUCAAAUGCUCUACCUCUUCUAACUUUAACGCCAGACGGCUACAACGAGUACUACCUUUACUUGUCGAAGGUGCCGGACAGAACAAAGACCGUCGCGCUUGAAACAAGGGUAACGAGCUGGGAGGAAGAUGUCUCUCUUGUGGGUAAAAUUCGGGUACCACAGAUAUCAGCAGACUUUGAGGUAGCAGACCACGUUAAGAACAUCGAAGUCAUUGCUUUCACAGAUGAGCAACGAGAAGCCGCCAUCACGAAAACCGGUUUCAAAGACGGCGCGCUGAAAAUCGACCUUGACGCAGAUCAAACUUCCUCUUAUGACGAUGGCUGUUUUCACCUCAUCUCGCUCAAAUACUCAUGCAAUCGUGAGCCCCCUCUCAUAACAGCGGUCGAGUUUUUUGCGGUCAAGAAGUCCCAUUUGAGCCCCCUCUCAUAACAGCGGCCGAGUGUUUUGCGGUGUAGAGGACGGCGAACGCUGGGAGCGCAGUACCGCAGGAACAAGCAAAAAUUACACUCCUGGCGGAAAAGCUAAAGCUGGUGGCCCUGAUAAACGUCGUGGCCCCUCGACGAAACCGAAAGGCCCGGGUCGCUCGAAACAAAGUGGGUACAUCAGACUACAACUUCUGUCUUCUUUUUUUCUUCCUAUGAAGCAAAUACUCAGGCAGAUAGAAGUUCACUCACAAAAAAUGGCAUCUCUUUGUAGUUGUUUUUCUCCUCAAACCACCAGACGGACAUUUAUGACUUCCUGAACAAAAAAAACAUUCAUCCACUCAACAUCUUCACUUUUCUCUUCCUCUCUAACCGCUACAUGAGACAAUUGCUCACAGGAGAGGUCGAUCCCCGACGGGCGGGGCUGGUACUCAAGCGUUGAUAAAGGAUCGAGGUGGCGGAGAUGACACUGCCCCGGAAAUCCUAUCACCCGACCAACUACUCGCCGAGCAGAAGUUGUUCAUGGACAACUUACGCCAUGCCAUAUCAUCGAUCGCACAGGGCCUCACGCAGACGCACGAGGACAAGGACACGUUUACGCGAUACAUGCAUGGUCCAAAUGCAAAAAGGAUGAAUACCCCCCAACAUUAUGGCUACAGCUAUCCUGGAUAGACCCCGAGCCCGACGGAGGGUGGGCCUUGAGGUCGCAAAAAUAAAUCAGAGAGAGUCUGAAGAAAAUGGGUGACUAAGGCUGAGCGAAGUGGGGGGCCUCGCGCGCCUCACCACCCACGGGACAAGUGAGAGUAGCAGCAUUGCCGACGACCAAUCUUCAGCCUGGUCACCAUGCUCGCUCUUGUGUGGUGGCGCACUCUUGCGGGCAGCCGAGGGGCCUGGUCGCGGCUCAAUCAGAUUGGCAAUCUGCGUGACACAGUAGCAAAAGGUGCCCAGGAGUGCCGCCCGAAGAACAAAGAGGACGCGGGGCCCCUGACCCUGAGGGCCGCAGGUCGGCCUCUAGGCUGCGCUGGCCAGGUGCAUUGCCCAACGAAACGAAGCAGAGCCAGCGGGGCUGGCGUGGAUGAUCUCGAACGACUUGCGUGGCGCUUUGCCUGGUUCUCUGAGCAGCGCCCCUCGGCUGCCUUUGUGCCCAUAUGUAGCACUGGAGCUUCUGCCCCUGGCAUGCAUGGUGCGCCGCUUAGCUCUGUCGUGUGCGUUUGCGCCGGCGCUCACGGGUACGGGCUGCGCCUGUCUUCUGUCAGGUGGGCCCCCCGCCUGCCGGUCAGGACUUGGCACGCAUAUAGCCCAACGAAGCUCCCCCUGGGACCAGAUGCCUCCGAAAACGAAAAGGCCGGUCCCGCGGCCGUAGGGUAUCGCGAAGGCGCACAAAGUCUGGGGACGGUUUCGUGAUUGUGCCUGCAGGGGUGCCGGAGCAUGCUUGAGAAAGCCUCGCAGGAUUCGGGCUUGUUGCUUCGCCGAAUUACGACAUUCCCCGGCCCAAAAUAGACGCUGGUCGCGCUGGGACAGGGGUUCGGCUUUGGCUUCCUUUGGCCGCUGCAGGGUCGUGAAAGCGGGAUGGCGGCCAGCGUCAGGGCCUGCGGGCGCCGCUGUUGGCGUGCCGUUGACUCUUGUUGCGUGUGAGGUGUUGAAGCCACCUUGAAAGCACUCUAGUUUCUGGCGUUUGAAACUGGGGACUUGGCUCACUUCAUUCCCGAAAGCCGCGCCGACCGGCGCGUCUUGGUCGUUUCGUUCUUGGGUGAAAUGGCUCUUGCUUGGUCCGGCUAGGCCUGCCGUGACGUGUUGCGGGGAGCCAACAAGCGCAGGCCCCCUCCGAGAAGGGGUUCGAGCCCUGGCGCUGCGCGGGCCCGUGCGGCGGAAACUAGCAUCCCUCGGUCGACUUGCGUUUUUUCCAGGCGGCCUUGCUUCUGGUCUGUGUUCCGCUUCCUUGAGCGUGAGAGACUUGUGGCCCACCUUUCCUCGAGUGAUCCUCUGUCAACCCAGGAAACAAAGCGUGGCUUUCAUUUUUCAACUCUGUGGAGGCGCAGUCGGUACCGGUUCGUUAUGAAAUCAUCCACAGUGUGUGUCGAGUCACUAUUCAACCACGAAGUAUGAUGAUUUAAAUCACUUCAUUUUUUUCGGUUUCGGAACACGUCUGAGAUCGUCACAAAAGAUGCGAGCCCCGCAGAAGAACUAGCACACUCUGCCAUCUGCUCUACUCCACCUUAUAUAUAAUUAAUCUCUCUUGUAACAUCCACUUCAAGAAUAGGGCUAGUAAUGAAGCUCGCAAUUAUUAUAUUAAUCUCUCUUGCAGCGAAGCGAAAGGGGUUUUACCCGAUAACAAACUUAUAUAAAUUUAGCCUCAGAAGCAGACCCGAAGAUCUCUCUCUUCAUACGUGCAGCCGCUGCCGAUAUACUUUAAGAAACAGCUCAUGAAUUUCACUAUCAUCAACAGAAGAAACGCACAAAGCAUGUUUCUUCUGCUGGCAUGAUGAAAAGCGUCCGUCUCUAAACUUUGAUAGACAGGGAAUUUCACCACGCUCGGCAGCAUCUUCAUUCGCAGAAGCAGAAGGGGUUCUUUCCCAAAACAGAAGAAACGCUUCGCGAAGCGGUCGCAAAGCUCUUGCGGUCUGCGAAUGAUAAUAUGAACAACUACGAGCACACCUGGCAUGGGCUGAGAAUGCAAUCAUUAGCGGCAAUCCGAGUGACGGUGAACGACGGAAAAAGCCCCUUGAAGGAACAUUCUAGCGACUUCCAGAAGGUCGUUUUCGCGCCACCUGCGACCAGCGGAGAUCUUCUCUGGGGCGACCAAGACAAGAUUCGCACAGAGUGCCUUGAACCUGGUCAGGUAUUUUCCAUGGGGUGGAAGAGUGGGGCAUCAAGUGAGGUUAACUUGUUCUUAAGAUGCAUCGGUGUCUAUUUCCGAGGACAUGUUUGGAAUACUUUUGUAGACGAGUUUAUGUGAAUUUUCUGACGUGCAGGCAAUCCUCGUCGUACGUAUUCACUGAAAAAGACGGUGGUGGCAAGUAUCUUUGUUAGUGGGGACCUCAACUAUGUUGACGGCAAAAAACCACCCACAAAAGAACAAGAUAUAGUGCAGGCAUUAUUCACCUAAGGAGCCUCCCCCGAGCUGCAGGAGUAUGAUGAUUCCUUCAUUUUUUUUUUUGAUGUGAUUAUUAAAGGGUGAAUGUAGUCGUGAGAAGUUGCUGUCGUUGCUUUAGUAUCGUAUUCUUUUCUCAACCAAAACUUACUCUCUAAUAACCUUACCGAAAACGACAUGCAUCUUCUUGAUACCCGGUAAGCCGACGGAACUAGCGUCCUCGGCUGGCCGUGCAACCGAGUCCCAAAUCCUGUAUGCCGCUCUUGCGGACUACGAAGUAGCACAGCCGCCACGAUUUGGCGCUACAGAAGGAGCAAUAAAAAGGCAUUGGGAACAGACGCCGGAAGUUCUCAUCAAGGGGGGAUCGUUUAAAACAUUCGGCAAAGCAGCUCCUGUGGCGCACAUCAAGUACGAACUAGAAAAUCAAACGACUGAAGGAGAGCAGCGCAUCAGGCGCGUAAGCAUCGACAGUAACUUCGGAGGGACAUCCGGUGGUGUGACCGAGUUCACACAGUGGCUCCAAAACAUUACGGUCCACCAAACAUUGAUUUGUUUUUUCAAGGAACCUGGUCGUCUAAUGUUUUUUAGCUGGUAAGUCUUAAUUUUCCAGUGACUCCAAACAUUACUUUACAGUGGCUCGCCUAAUGUUACAUUAGUUUUCAAGCAUUAGUUUGAUACAUUAGUUUUACAUUUUCAAGCACUGUGUACAUUCACACAUUAGUUUUACAUUCACAUAGUGGCUCUAAACAUUAGUUUUACAGUGGCUCCAAACAUUUAGACCUAUUUCAAGGUCGUCGAAAUCAAUGCUUAACUGUUCCUCCAGGUAAAUCGAGUCUUCCUGUCAACUCAUGCUCUGCACUUGAACGCCCUCCCUCCUGCUGCCCGUUUUUGUUAGUACGGAUUUGUGACCUCUGAUCGAUCCCUCUUCUAAAAGACACCAAUUCACCUGCGGCGCCAAAGCGGUGACUUACGAGUACGACCAUAGGUAUUGCGCGGGACAAGUCCAGGCGGGAAAUGGACGACCAGUGGACAGCGGCGAUCAAGGUGAUGGCGACGAUAUUUGUCGUUCGGAGACCGACGUUCCCGAAGAUGGUAGAGUCACCACUUUCACGCACCCCUCCGAAAUUACUGGGUAUUUUUCCACUUCUUUGCUCCGACUUAGUUUCAUAAUUGAGACGGUGAAACCUGCAACUUUCCCAUGCCGUUCCAUUCACAAGAAUGUAGUGACUGACCAAGAUGGAAAAACCGUCAUGACGCGUGUCAGCCCUAUGGGUUGCUACACCCUGGCAAAUGGUAACCAUGUCGCGUCGGCGAGAAUGUCGCUUUGUUGACGGCUUUGUUUUAGGCUUCCUGCGAGAUCUUUCUACCCGGGGUGUGUCUACUUUGGGGGACGAGGUGAGGUGCAAUACCUUGCGGCAUAGGAAGUGCCUCUGUUUUCCGUUCUCCAAUGUAGGCCCCUGCACAGCCUGUAGGAGCGCUACUGUUGUAGCGCUUUUUGUUUUAGUCCCGAACAAGUGGAAGAGCCGACAGGGCCUACGGCGUUCCAUCUGCUUGCGUGUGUUUCUUUCAUGUUGUCCGCCAUCGUUUGCGAAGUUUUCAAGGCAGCCUUCGCCUUUCCGAUAUGUGUUUGAGCAGUGUACACUCAGCGGCCCUCGCCAUCGUGGUGGCCUUGCUCGUCAUGCUCGAAGACUGAAAAUCUAUGAAAUCACCAUCACUUCCGUCUCCUGUCUGUGCUAUGAAAACACUGAGAAUCUAAAUCACCAUCACUUCCGUCUCCUGUCUGUGCUAUGAAAACACUGAGAAUCUGGAUCACCAUCACUUCCGUCUCGUGUCUGUGCUAUUUAUUCAGGCACGUCCUCCUCCUCGUCCGUUCUACUUCCCAAUUUGUAUCAAUCUAAUUCGUAGAGACGAACUUGCUAUUGCUAUUGUAUCUAAUUUCUGGCCACAACUACAUCACUAGGUUCUCGGGCAGCGUUAACAGUGUGCACGAAAUGUGCCGCGAAGACAAAUUUAUCAAGUUGAUGAAUUGGCGCAAGAAAGCAGAGUCGCGUUUAGAAGCGGUGGACAAUGGCUUGCGCGAUGCAUUGAAAAACACGCUAGAUGGCUACGAGAUGGGGUACACCUGCAGCGCAAAAGUGAUUCCGAAACUAGUACUUGGUAAGAUCAACGAUUUUUUUACUAAGUGUUGACACGCUCCAAGAACAGAUUGAUCACGUGCAAGUUACUUAUCCUUUAUUUGGUGUAUCAUAAGUGAAGCUGAGGUCAUCUUCAACAUCUACUAUUACUCACAACGGAGGCCUAUUUCUCCUCUACUAACUUCAAUCGCCAACUUCAGGGCUUGACCUAGAGUGCUCUCUCAAAGAAGUUCCGUGUGCGAAAUUUCUGACGCAAACGCUCGAAUGGCAGAAGAACUUCGCUGAUAAAUGCAUCCAAUUUGAUCCAGCUCCCCUGUCAGAUCCCAAGGAGCCUGUCGACUACAGGCAAAAAUGCAUUGCGGAAGGUAGUAGUCGUUGGAUAGUAGUACUGGUUGCGGGAAUAUAGAUGCUGAAGAUAUGAUCUUAGCACGAUAGAUACCGUACACAGUAUUGAAAGUUUCAAUUUCAAAAAAAAAACAAAAAGUCAUUCAUGAAGGACGGAAAAGACAAAAAUGAAUUCUGUAAUUCUUGGGUAUUUUCAUUUUUUCCAAAACUUUGCAAUAUCUCUGUUGACAUCGAUUUUCCUAUAUUUUAUUCAGUCAAUGUCCUUUCCCCCUUGAAGAUGCAGACGAUGUGCGAACAGCGGAGAGGCUGAUGCAGGCUCACGCCAAAGCGAUGGCAAAGGAACCGCUGAAGCGUCAUACGGAUCCGCAGUGCCCCUCCGGUGCGGCCGCCAUCGCGGUUUUUCACCACAGCAAGGAGCAGCUGAUUGACUUUAAGCCUUGGCUUCGCGACACAGCUGCUUUCCAUGUUGCACUAUAUGAGAACCUGCUGGAUACAGAAUCCUGGCGAGACUUUGACGCUGGAGCUAAGCCAGUUGCUGCCAGAGCGAUCUUCUUCGCAUUAAGGAGAAAUUAAUCAUGAACACAUGAUCUCUUUUGGUCGUGCAUGGGGGCUUGUUUUUCUUUUUGAACAAUAUCAUAUUUACAUACAAUGGGUUUGGGUUUACAUAUUUGUGUACAAAUGCCCCGGGCACGAGCCAACCAAGAGAUGCACUGCGACACCUGCUAAGAAAAGGACGAAAACAGAACAACCCGAAAAACAUGCCCAAGACGGUCGUGGGCAUCACUAAUGGUUCCUCCUUAUCUUUUAUUUCAAUGAAGUAGACUCUUUUAUUUUCACCAGUAAGUUGUCCCUCUUCGUCUUUUUCGAAAUGUUUCGUGUUGAUCCGAAAAAGGUUGAUAUUGUUCUUAUCGGGAUCGAUUGUACUUUUUAGUUUUCUUAACGAUAUUUCAUUAUACAAUUUCCAUAUCCAGUAAGUUAAUCAGAAGCAGCAUCUACACACUUUUUGUUGACUCCUGGUCCCCCCUCAGAAUCGCUCCCAUUCUUACGGACACAGGGGCCAAGGAAUGGGGGUGGGAAAGUGGUACGACAACGCCAAAUAGCUGCUUCAGCGAGCAGAAUGCAAACUCGGACGAUGAAAACCCGGGCUGCGUCUUCCUCAUCCUUGGAACGCCGCGAGGCUUGGGCGGACACAGCUACGCACGAUUGCUUCACGCAGGAAUGCCCGACUACGAGAAACGCAGCGAACGUUCGUGGAGCUAUGGUUAUGCGAGGCACGGCUUCGCUUUGCCGCUGACCUACGUAACGUACACAAGCGACGCCCUCGACGGAAGCACGCUGAACACGAACAUCCGCUUCGACGAGAACUUUGGGUCCUCUGAUGGUGGGUGGAAAGGCUUCCAGGACUGGAUGAAGACAGCAGCAGACAGAGAAUCACCCUCCUGCGUUUAUUUGCCGACCGCCUACAAGUACAGGAUAGCAGAUGGAGGAUCGACGAUAACUGAAAUGGAACCGCAUCAUACAAGAAACGUGCAGAAGAGGGUCUCCUGUCCCGAAGAAGAACUAGUAGAGCUGGUUGGCAAGCGAGCUGCGGCAGCAGAGGAGGCUGCAGAGAAGGCUGCAGCGCAAGCAGCAAAGGAGGCUGCAGCGCAAGCAUCAAAGGAGGAUGCAAGGGCCUUAGCACCUCCUAAUCAGAAAAAGAAGAGCAAGGCUGCACAGAAGCCUGGAGUAGGCAAGGCUGCACGAAAGACUGCAGUAGGCAAGGCUGCACGAAAGCUUGCAGGAGGCAAGGCUGCACGAAAGCUUGCAGGAGGCAAGGCUGCAGCGAAAGCCGGUAAACCGCCAGGAGCUGGUAGACGUAGCGGGCGGAGCGCGUCAUCUUUUUUGGCGCAGAAUGAGCAGAAGGUCUCUACGAAGUCCUUUCGAGGUUCCGUCGUUGGGCCGAAACCACGCACCCGCGGGCUACUUCAGAAUCGCAGCGAGGAUGCUACUUUAUGCGCAAAAGGAUUUCUUAUAACUGAUUCCUUUCAAAAAAAGCGACUCUCCUUCACAUGAAAGAAUUACAAUCAUUUUCAAGUAGUACACAGCCCCCACUCAUUUCUUUGUGCAUAAGUACUAGCGGCAGGGACGCCCGAUGUUUUACUUACAUGCUUUAGGGUAGUCUACGACAAUGACAAGCUCAAGAAAAAUACGAAAACGUUAUGAACGAAUGAAUGAAUGAAUGAAUCUUUUGGAGUAUAGAAGACUCCAGACAGCCCUAGGCUAGACGUUGUAGUUACAUUAGAGAAAUCGCACUACUGUCGUGAGUAGUCGUUUCAUUCUUUGGUCGAUUCAAAAAUCCACGCAGCAAUUCUUUUUACUUGUCUGCCCUGCUUCUCUUUCUAGUUGUCCUCGCUGGAGUGUCUUUAGCUUUACAAUAUAGAUUCUACUUACUACUUAACACCUAGGGUGGUGUUCAGAAGAUCUGACAAGAGUGCUAGACUUCUGUUGCAACUUAGAGCUUCUCGCAUUAUUUAAUGGCUUAUAAAUUAAGUAGAUCCUAUGAUAAGUAGAUCCUACUCCUAGGCGUACACGUUAGUACUCAACUAGUCACCCAUUAUAGCCAUAACUAUAUAACUUAAUACGUGCCGUCCAGAUGGGGCCCUUCCUAUACUAUUCUAAUCACAUUCACAUCUGGUCGAUAGAUAAAUAGAUCCUUGGUACAUUCCAAUCAGUACGUAGUAGUUGUAGUCUCCACCCAGUUGCAUUCUAAUCACACCCAGUCGCAGUGGUGCGGAGACUCUGGACCCCCGUUUGGGCGACGACGGUGAACCAGUGGACGCCUCCUCAUCCGGUGAACCAAUGGAUGACUCUUCAUUAUGUUUGGCUCUAUCACGGGUGAGGGAGUGAAUAAAGGAACUUCCUUCAUUCACUAUUAAGCACGCCUCAGACUUGGACUAAAGACAAUAAAAAGAAAGCAACUUAGAUUGAUAUCGAAGACCGAUUGAAUGGGAUAUUAAACGGCCAAUCAAUGAAGCCGUCUACUACCUAUAUCCUACCUCAAAUCCUAUGCGGCCAAUCAAUGAAGUCGUCUACUACCUAGAUCCUACCUUAAUAAAUCCUACCCGCACUAGAUCUGUACGAAGACCCCCCCGAAGCAGAGGCACCCUAUCCGAUCCUACUCUACCCUAUCCUAUCUUGUACUUAGCUAUACGCUUCACCACAGGAGAGCGUGGUGCUUGCACUCUUAGUUCAGGUUAUUACUGUUUUACCCCUGUCGCGUCGAAAUCGUCAUUUUGCAGAAGUUGAAGCGGUCAAUUUAUCUCUCUAACCAGUGGGCGCUUACUCGAACCGCAUACGGUGGCCACGAUUCUUCUUCCGGUGGCUUUUUUCUCCAUUCUCGUCUUCGCUUUUCACCGCCGCAAGGGACGAAACAAGGUGGAAGACCUUUUUCUUUAAAUCUGAUGCACGAUACAUUUGACAUCUCUCACUCUCAAAGGCAAUCCACAAAAGGUAGAACAACAAGCAGCAGGAUUUAGAUCUAUUUUUGGCCACUGAGCUAGGGUUUGGACGUCUUCUUUUUCGUCAAUUUUGAAAUACCUUCCUCACUACGUACAAUUAGACAACUUGAGAUCGAUGGACAUUUCUGAGGACUCUCUGUCUUCACACCUUGUUUCUAAUGACUUAUGACAGAUCUCGUGGACAGUCUGGAUUUUGAAAGUCACUCAAACUACCAGGUAAAAACGAACAAACGAUCACGAUCCCGAAGUUCCCCAAGGCGUGCUGUAAACAAUCAGGGUAGUGGAAUUUGGGGAAAAAGCGAUCUAGUGGACUGGCUCUGGGGAAAAAGCGAUAUUAAGGCCAUUAUAGAUACCAGAUUUACUGUCGAUAAUAGUGAUAAUAAUUCCAUCCGAGAACAAAAGGAGAUUUAAUAUCCUUGUUAGCCAUGAAACUUAUAGCAAAGCAGUCUAGAACAAGUUUUUCAAUAGUGUGAGUUCUUAGUGAGUCCUUAAUAUUAGGUUCCGAAAAUAUCAAAAGACUUUUCUGCAUUUCUCAUUCUCUGUACCCACAACCUCUAAAGCUACGGAUAACAUUACGGAGAACGCAGAACCUCAGGAGCAGGUCCGCGACGCUGAGGCGGCGCUCUUGAAGGAGGAACUCUAAAAAUCGUUAUCUUCUCAAGAAUGAAGAUACUUGAAAAUUUUCGAUGAGGAUCUAUCCAAGACUUUGCUAUCUGUCAGCACUACGAAAUCGAAGGAUUCAUAAGAUUUUCAUAGUUAGUUUUUAGAAGCUAUGAGAGGAUGCACAGACCUUGGAUCCCAUUGGAUUUCUGGUCUAAGGCAUCUUUCUUUCUCUCAUCUUUCUUGCAUUGGAUUGGACAUUUCAUCUAGAAGAUAGGAUGUUUUCGAAACUAUAUGAUACACAUGUAGUUGUAGGUACAAAUUAAUGUUGAACAGCCGAAUCAUUCAUGUAUUGUAUUUGAAAACUUGUAUACCAACUACUAUUUUUGGACAUUCGAGCAUCUUCUGCUGAACAGAGUUGACCGAUAAAAUGGCGAUUACCCACUAAUCAUUAGUACUCAAUAAGGAAAAAUCGCCAAAGUAUGCACAGCCUCGGUCAAUGAGGAAAGAGUAGGUACAACACAGGCAGUCACAACACAAGUGAUAAGUGAACAGGCCAGCGCCUAGACAACUUAUCAAACGACAAGAAAACGUAUGCCUCCUCGCAUUCAUGGAGGAGUGACCUCGUCAUAGUAACCGAGUAAUUCAACGCAACGUAUGAUAGAACGUAUAACAAUGUAUAGUGAAAACCUCGGAAAAGCAUAAGAAUGCCACAACAUCAACGAUCUGCAAUCAUAUACACGACACAUCAUACUUUGCGGAAUAUCCAAGUCAGUGUACUAGGAGAUGUCCAAGAUGCAUAGUUUAGAUGGUCGUGCAACAGAAAAGAAUCACUGUCACAGAACUCUUGUACAACCACUAACUAUGCAUUGCUCUGCAACCUAAUUCGGCUCUAAAAGCCGCACUCUUGUACAGCUACAUGCGAUUUGGAGCGCAGUGUGCUGCUGGGAAUCAAUACAGCCAUUCUUGUACAGCUAGAUUGCAUUUAGUUCUGAUGAUUCAAAAUCAAAAAUAUGACCUAAUACAAAUGUAAAAAACGCAAGAAACGCGCCGCAAUCUCUUUUGGUAUUUCAGCCAUGAAGAUAUAUCAUGAAUGCAAUUCAGAACUUCUCGAAAACGCUCUCUGAAAUCCAUUGAGUACUAAUUUCCUAGAAAGAUGAACCUGAACGAAUAGAAAAAUAUAGGAACGCGGAUAGGUUUAGUGCGGCAGUCGCAGCUGCGGGGAGGUCGGUGCCCUGCGGAGGCAACCUGAUUGAUUGAUUGCUUG